UCGGACACAACGUACUCCGGACUCGAUGAUCUGCUCCACCUGCUCGUAGUCGUUCUCGUGUCUGGCCAGCAGCACGCGGAUCUCUUUGAGCGUCUCGAAGCGUGCCUGACUCUGGGCGGCAGAAGCAUUGCUGGUGUCCCCCAGCACGCGAACUAGCUCGGCGAUGCUACGGCCCGUAAGUGGCGGCUGCUCCGCUGACAUGAGGCGCCGACGCUUCGUCUGCACGGCGGCUCGACGCUUGUCCUUGCGAACUUGAGCUGUAGUACGCUGACGUCGCGCCUUCAGCGCCCGCGACUCGGCGGCCGCAUCGUGCUUCUUGAGCGAGCUGCGGGGCGUACGGGGCGGCAUCUUUGUGCUUAUGAUGUGGAAAUAGUCCAAGACACUAUUUUGAUUUUGACCAAAAUAAGCACCACAAUAGUCGAAUCGUAUACCUUCGUGCGACCUUCAAUUGGUGCAACAUUACGCUGGUGUAACAUUUCCGAAGCGUCGGCUUCGACGAAGAGCCCCAGAUCGUCACCAUGCCUGGAUACGAGGCCGAGGAGACCAUCAAGCGCAUUAAGAGCCACAAGGGGGUACAGGCCGUGCUCAUUGUCAACCAGGAAGGCGUACCGAUCUACUCGAGCACGAACGACGAUGAGUUCGCCAUGGACCACGCCGCACUCAUCUCGCAGCUGGCGGCCAAGGCCAAGUCCACGAUCCGCACGCUGGACCCCACGAACGACAUGACUUUCCUCCGGAUCCGCUCCAAGAAGCACGAGAUAAUGAUCGCACCCGGUACGGCACGUGCUGGUACGACCUCUUGCAUCUGUUUACACUAUUGCUGAUAUUCGUUUGCUGCUGCAGACAAAGAUUAUGCACUAAUUGUGAUUCAGAACCCGAAUCCAGGAGCCGAGGUUGAUACUACCGAGAGCAACUGAGCGUUGUCUGCAGUUUAGUCUAGGACUAUGCACAUUAAUUUCACACUUUGUUAUGCACUAGACGCACCGUAGUGACGAGUAUAUUGGCAAUUCUAAAAUUUAAUACGUACAUAAUGUCUAAGAAGCUGCGAUGGUAAUUCGGUCGGCUUGACUGACACAUGAAAAAAUAUAAGUAUUAAUAUAAACAAAGCCGUGCGGGCGCC